ACAACCCAACUUUAAGGCUCACUACCGCUCAUGGCUGACUCAACCUGCGGAGUCUGAACAACACGAGGACACGUCGGUCACGUGAAGGCAGCAUAGCGCGCAGCCAUUGCGCAGACGCACAACUACUGGCCUGAUCAGCUGACUUGACCUCCUCACAUCGAAGGCCCGCUGCACAAAUCUCUUACCAGCAGCCAUGACAGAAUUCUGGUUGAUCUCUGCUCCGGGGGAGAAGACGUGCCAGCAGACGUGGGACAAGCUGAUGGUGGCCACCACGCGCACCAACAACCUCUCUGAUAACAACAAGUUCAACAUCCCUGAUCUCAAGGUCGGAACACUGGAUGUCUUAGUGGGUCUGUCGGAUGAACUGGCUAAACUUGACACUUUUGUGGAAAGUGUGGUGAAAAAGGUCGCUCAGUACAUGUCUGAUGUUCUGGAGGACAGCCGAGACAAAGUCCAGGAGAACCUGCUUGCUAACGGAGUUGACCUGGUCACCUACAUCACCAGAUUUCAGUGGGACAUGGCCAAGUAUCCAAUCAAACAGUCGCUGAAAAACAUCUCCGAGAUCAUCUCCAAGCAAGCGACUCAGAUAGACAAUGACCUGAAGGCCCGAGCUUCAGCCUACAACAACCUGAAGGGAAACCUGCAGAACUUGGAGAGGAAGAAUGCGGGGAGCUUGUUGACCAGGAGUUUGGCUGAUAUAGUGAAGAAAGAGGACUUUGUACUGGACUCGGAGUACUUGAUUACAAUGUUGGUGGUAGUCCCAAAGACAAGCUAUGCUGACUGGCAGAAGACGUAUGAAACCCUGUCAGAAAUGGUCGUGCCACGCUCCACUAAGCUGCUGUUUGAAGACCACGACAGCGGCCUGUUCAGCGUCACUCUCUUCAGGAAGGCUAUAGAUGACUUCAAGCACAAGGCCAGAGAAAACAAGUUUACAGUGCGUGAUUUCCAGUAUAAUGAGGAGGAGAUGAAAGCAGACAAAGAAGAGAUGACACGUUUGUCCACUGACAAGAAGAAACAGUUUGGGCCUUUGGUACGAUGGCUGAAAGUGAAUUUCAGCGAAGCCUUCAUCGCAUGGAUCCACAUAAAAGCCCUGCGUGUGUUUGUGGAGUCUGUAUUGAGAUAUGGGCUGCCAGUGAACUUCCAGGCCAUGCUGCUGCAGCCCAACAAAAAGAACAUGAAGAAGCUGAGGGAGGUGCUGUACGACCUGUACAAACACCUGGACAGCAGCGCUGCGAUCAUUGAUGCCGCUAUGGACAUCCCAGGGCUGAACUUGAGCCAGCAGGAGUACUACCCCUAUGUUUACUACAAGAUCGACUGCAACCUGCUGGAGUUCAAAGUCUAGGCUGAUGUGACAUAUUCACACUAAUUUAUUUCCACUGCUACCCUGUUCUGCCUGUUUCCCCCCCCCCCCAAACUUUUUAUGUUCUGGACCUCUUUUUCUUAUGUGCCUGGUACAUACCUGGGUUAAUAUUGAAUAAGUUGUGGAACUUCUGUUCUAACAUAGUUGACAAAUGCGGGCCCACUUCUUUGUUGUCACUUUCUCUUCGUACCAUGCUGUAAAAGUGAAUAGCUUUCCAUAUUUAUUCCCACCAAAAUGGCUGACAUUCCCUCAUGGCAUCAAAGGACAUGUAAAAUACUGCAUUUUUAUUGUUUUUUUUCCCUGUCACCCUACUUUGUUUAAAGCAACAAAAACGGUACACAAGUGGGGGAAAUGGCGAGGAAGAUAAAUAUAUGUUAAAUAUAUUAUUUAUUUAAAGCCUCUAAAAUCAGUGAAUGUGUUUUUGUUUGUUCGGUUUUUGAAAGUGAUGUGUUUUUAGCUCCAUGUAAGGAUUGUCUGUUCACAAGUAGAUGUUGAUCAUCGUUUCCCCUACUCAAGCUAUAAUCCUAUGAAAUACAGAGACAGGUCAUUUUACAUAUAAAGAAGCAAUAUGUUUGCUGAUUGUAAGCUCCUAUAAUUUCUGUGUUUGAGAAAAGUAAUUAUGUCUAUGUGCAAAUACUGUAUUGUCAGUAUAUCUGAAGAUUGAACCACAUAUUUAAAAUAAAUGUUAAAAAUAAAUACUCUAUGUGAAACAUA